AUGACACUUGAGAAGCAUCAAGUUCUUGAUCUCGAUGAAAAGGGCGAUUCAGGAGGACCACUUUCCUGCCGCAUAUCCGAAGACGGACCCUGGAUCGCCUAUGGCAUCGUCUCUUGGGGAGUCGGCUGUGGCUACUUCCGCCGCCCGGGCGUGUACACGCGCGUCUCCAACUACGAGGAGUGGAUCCAUCAGCUUACAGGACUCAAGUCGAACGUUAAACCUUGGGAUUUCCGAUCUGAUGGGACUGCUACUUGUGGCCUUUUCGACUCGACCCAUUCUGUCGCACUGAAGACCAAAACUACCACGACCACAACCACGACCACAACCACAACCACAACAACAACAACUACCACUACAACGACUACAACUACCACAACGACAACUACAACAACAACGACGACAACGACGACGACGACAACGAUUCCCGAACGAAAGAAAAAGAAGAAGAACAAAAAAGGAAAGAAACAAGCCAAAAAGGACAAGAAGAAAAACAAGAAGAACAAGAAGCUUCAACCAUCAAAUCCGACCUCCCUGGUGUCUGGAACCUGCGAGAGCAUCAUGCCCGAAGAGGGAACGAUCUUUUCAAAGAGCUACGGAAAUAACUUGAAUUGUUGCUGGUGCUGGCGCGCGCGCAACGAGGGAGAAAUCGCAGUUAUGGCCGUUGGAGAAAUCAAACUCGACGCUGCCAAGGACUGCAAGGCCGAUGGAGAAUUCGUCGAAAUCAAAGAAAUCAACGCGAAAGGCAAGCAGAAUGUGCUAACCAUUUGUGGCAAGAAGGACGGGACAGCGAAGGGAAAACCGCCUCAGUGGAUUACCAGCUCGCAGAUUUGCGUUCAAAUCAGAUCCAACAGCAUGGACCAGGGCAAAAAGAGGGUGUUGAAGCUCGCUGGAGGUUUGAUCGCGAAGGAGAAAUUCAAAGUCAAGCGAGAAAAAAUCCUCAUGAAGGGCUUUGGCCGCUCCAGGUCAAGAAAAACGCUCGUGGAGGAAGUUCUAGCGACGAGAAGCGCCGCCCAGUGCCGUUUGUUGACCAACGAGAUUUCUGGCAAACAGAUCCAACUCGAUCUUUAA